AUGAAGUCGAUAUCGGUACUAUUAACGGCCUUCGCCGCCAACUGCGCCAUUGCGACAGCGCACCAUCCCCUGGGCUCGCUAGACGUCAGAGACGAUCCCCUGGGCUCGCUAUCCGUCAGAGACGACUCACCACCAUUCCCGAAACCGACAAAACCCAUCUUUCUUCAAAUGACCUACCAGGGUUGUUUCAAUGAUUCAGGCACCAUGAAGCUGAACACCACACGCAUGAACACUCAGAAAAUAAUGAACUUCGGCCAAGGCCCAGUGCAGGAUCUUGGUGUGACAAGUGGCCUCUGUUACAAUUGGUGCAGUUCCAUUAAGAUGAAUGUUUUCGCAAUGAGUCAAGGAGAUCAGUGUUGGUGUGGUAUGGAAUAUCCGCCAAAGUCGUCCAUGACCGCCAUAUCAGACUGCGAUCUCCCAUGCUCGGGCUAUAACUUGGACUAUUGCGGCGGUGCCGAUACGUGGAGCGUUUACAACUCUGGCUUACAAUUAGUGGUUCCAAACACAGAGCCUAAGCCCUCUAGCACCAGCGCGGCACCGAGCUCAACUGCUGCGGCCAAGACGUCCAGCAUUUCAAGCGCCGUAUCCGAACCGACUGCCAGCACUACUGAAUCAACCUUGCCCGAGGACCCCGAAAAGAAGGGCAAAAGCAACACGGCCGGAAUCGUGGCAGGCACCGUGGUGGCAGUCGUUGUUGUCUUGUCUGCGGUCGGAGGUGUCUUCCUCUAUAUGCGUCGCAAGCGGAACAAGGAGAUCGAGGAUGAGCAUCGCCGCAACGCUGCCGUCAAUGCUUUCGUUGGCAAGCCGCCCAGCACCAGCGAUGGAAUGUCCAUGGCAGACGCCCGACUCGACCCUGUCCUCGUGCAGAGGAGAUUGAGCGAUGGCAGCAUCGCCGACAACCAAGAUUACUCCAGGAGGAUCCUUCGCGUACGUGAUUUUGCAUUUUCAGCCUCUUGA